AUGUAUAAAAAUCAACUAGACUAUUAUACUUCAAACUUAAAACUUAUUGAUGAUAUUACAUCUAAAGAAUUUAAAUAAUAUGAAGUAGGACAUCGAAAGACUUAUUCAGAACCAGAUUAAGUAUAAUUGAAACGAUAACCUGAUCGAUUAGGUAGUUAUUUUAUAAUGAUCAUUAGAAAUAUCAAUUAAUCAAAGCUUAAUGUUGUAAAUGUACCCAAGUAUCUUUAAAUAUAUUAAAAUUAAAAUAAAGGAACUAACGAAACCAUUAAAUUUUGUUUAUGAAUCAAAUAAUAAUUAAUGUUUGAUUAAAAUAUUUGUAUCAUCAAUAACUGAUAGUCCAAACAUAUUAAAUAAUAGUUUACAAGUGAUUGUAAAUAUACUCAUAUAUAGAUUAGAAUAGAUCAAGAUUUUAAUUCACUGAACCACCAUCACAUAUUACCAAAUUCAAAUGCGAUUAUGUGUAUUUAUCAAUCUACACUGAUAAAUAUACAGAUUUAAAAAUUAAAGCUACUGCUGGUGUUCUUUAAUCUAAUAAUAAUAGAAGUCUUUAAAAAAGGUAAUAAACUCCAAUGCUUUAAAUUCCAAGAGAAUUGUUCACUCCUAGAGAACCAGGAUGUUAUACUUAUAGAAGUAAUUUAUCUAGUAUUAAAUUUAAUAUCUAAUCUAGUAUUACAUAAACCUAAAACUAAUUAAUCAUCAUUUAUUCGAUCAAAUAAAGAAUCCUAAGUCAAAUUUAAACUGAUAUUGGAUUUUAAAAUUAAGAAUACUAAAUAAAAAAAUUCUUUGAUUGAAUAAAUGAUGAAAAAGAAAUCUAUGAUAUAAAAUAAUAAGAAAAUUCAUUUAUUGGAAUCUUCUUACUCUCAUGAACUUGAUAGAUUAUAAUCUAGAGUAUCGAGAUUAAGAAAUUAAAUCAAAUUCCAUAUAAGCAAUAUUGAUUUAUUAUGGCUAGAAUUAUUAUUUAUUACAUUGUUAGCAAAGGCUAUCAAACAUUCAUAUCAUGUAUGUUUAAAUUUAAAUAGAAACGAGUCAUGAGAAGAGUUAUUACAAAUAAGGUUUAAGUUUGUUGCAGAAAGUUUAUGAGGAUUAUGCUCAAUAAAAUUAGUUCCAGAUAUUAAUAUGGUAAAAAAGAAGCUGUAUAUCUUGAUACUAAUAUUCUAUUCUAUUUUGGUGCCAAACUAAUGAAAAGUAAAGCAAAAUUUAGAGCCUAUUCCAUCUUGAAUCAUUUUAUCUAUAGAUUUGGACAUUUAUCAAAUGGAAUGAACAAAUUGUAAUAGUUCAUAUUAAAAAUUAAAUACAUCCAAUAAAAAUGGAAAAAAUUUAAGAAAUCUGAAGCCAAUUAUUUAAAUAGAGUAGCUGAUCAAAUUAUUGAUAAAUGGGGUGUUUUAUAUAGAGAAAUAAUCAGUGAACUUUAAAAUGCUCCAAAGUCUGCACCAACUUAGGAUAAAAGAUUACUUUUAGAAACUAUAUCUGAUAAUCUCAACAAUUAUAAAAGAUCAUUUCUUUAAUUUAAUAAUAUAUUUGAUAAGUUAGCUGGUGGUUCUACUAUAUUUAGACCAAUGAAUAAUGUUAUUAUGAAAGACAUUAUGCAUUAAUAUGUUAUUAAAAAAGCCAAUAAAUUUUAAUGA